AUGGGUAGAGGGAAAAAACUGAACAGGGACCAAACAAUUCAAAUUUUGACAUUAAGAUUCAAAAAUUAUAGUCUGGGCAAAAUUUCAAAAUCAUUAAACGUUUUUAAAAUAGUAUUUUUAAAUUUUUGUAAAAAUCCAUUGACUUCUGGAACCAAAAAAAGUACUGGCAGGCCGCAAAAACUAACAAAAAGAAGAAAGGCACUUAUAAUUAAAAAAGUCUUUGAGAGUACAAGCAGUUCUGUUGAGUUGAUAAAUGACUUACAGUUAAACUGUAGUAUCAGUAAUGUAAAAAGAUGUCUAAAGAAAUGCAAUUAUUAG